CCUUAUUACGUAGUAAAUAAACAAUACAAAACAAAAUAAUCACAUUCAAAGGCAAAAAAAAAAUAUAUUUAUAUAAAUAUCUGAGGGUAUAUCGAAAAACUUAUAAAUGCUUGUGUCAUUACUGCGUGAGUGUGAAUUAUUUCGUAUCUGUCUUUAUUUUUUUACAUUAAUGAAAAAUAUCAGUGAUUUUGUGUUUAAAUAUGGAUCUAGAAAUUGAAUAUGUUAUAAAUCAAAAAGGACAUAAAACACUUAUAUACUGUGAGUACAGAUAUAAUAAAAGCAAAACAAAUAAAAGUGGAAGCACUUUAUGGCGGUGCGUAAAUAGGCGAGAAUGUAGUGCUUCGUUAUCAUUAGACAAAACAGGAAAAAUCACUAAACGGAAAACUGUGCAUACAUGUGAGCCUAUGGAAUUUAAAAAUGUAAUUAAUGAACAUAUAGCUUCUUUGAAAAAGAUCGUUUGUCAAGACUUUCGGCCGAUACAACAAAUUUAUGAAGAAUAUGAUGAAAAAAUUCGUCAAAAAAUACCGAAAUCUCAACAUUACCUCAUUCCUGUCUUUAAGACUAUUAGGGACACAUUAUAUAGAGCACGGAAGUCUUUUUUGAAUGUCGAUCGGCUACAACAUAUAAGUACGGAAACUAUAACCGUGCCAGAAGUUUUGGGUAGAAAAUUCCUUAUUUAUGAAGAAGGUCAAAGUGAAAAAAUAUUGGUAUUUGCAACAUGUGUAUCAAAGAAGAUUUUAAAGAAGCCCGGAUCCUAUUAUGCAGACGGUACGUUUAUGUCAGCGCCGCCACCUUUUUAUCAGUUCUAUGUCUUGCAUUUGGACAUUAAUUCUACUAAAAUGUGUACAAAUAUAGUUCCAGUUAUUUAUACUUUAUUGCCUAAUAAAUCCCAAGAGACGUAUACGCGUCUAUAUAACAUAUUGAAACAAAAAUUAGGUAUUAUCAUUAAGACAUUUAAAUGUGAUUAUGAAAUGGCGCAAAUUAAUGCUGUGAAGUCAGUUUUUCCCGAAGCAGAGAUUACAGGAUGUUAUAGACAUUAUAAUGC